AUGGAAUCCAUAGCUGCAUCUGCCAGGAUCGUUCUACACAUCCAGCGAGAGACCGCGCUGCACGUUGAUUACUGCGCGUCUUUUGGGUUGUCCAAAGAAGAGAUGGAAAAACUACCGGAGAAAAUGGAAUGCACCGCGUACAGCAGAUACAUCCUCGAUGUCGGCCAGUCGGAGGACUGGCUUGCACUACAAGUUGCUUUGGCUCCCUGUCUAAUCGGAUACGGCGCUAUAGCGCAGAGAUUAUAUACAGAGGAAAAGACUCUUCGAGAUGGCAACCGAUACUGGAAGUGGAUUGAGAACUAUGUUGCGGAAGACUACACUGAGGCUGUUCGAUUGGGGUCUGAACUUUUAGAAACCCAUAUGAGAAAGGUUUCGCCUUCUCGGAUGGAGGAGUUGAUCAAAAUCUUCAUCAGAGCAACUGAGUUGGAGAUUGAGUUCUGGAGCAUGGGACUUGGAAGUGGCCGCCAGUAA